GCGCAGUUCAUUUGUAUGUUGCUGCUGCUGUUUGAAUCUAGAUCACAAAGGGCUGUGACGACGAACCAACCGAUAUAUAGAUAGAAUGGAAGGUGCAGAGACGUUUAUUGUACCGCUCCGCGGGGUAAAAGAUGAUCUCAGAGGGAGGCUCUUGUGCUAUAAACAAGACUGGACAGGCGGCUUUACCGCUGGCUUCAGGAUAUUAGCCCCCACCACAUACAUAUUCUUUGCUUCAGCAAUCCCAGUCAUCUCAUUUGGAGAGCAGCUGGAAAGGAAUACAGAUGGGUUCAUCACCGCGGUUCAGACCUUAGCUUCCACUGCACUUUGUGGGAUCAUACACUCCAUCAUUGGAGGCCAGCCUCUCCUCAUCCUCAGCGUUGCCGAACCAACCGUGCUCAUGUAUACCUUCAUGUACAACUUCGCCAAACACAGACCAGACCUCGGCUCUAAACUCUUUCUCCCUUGGACUGCCUGGGUAUGCGUUUGGAGCUCAAUUUUGCUGAUCCUUUUGGCAAUCCUCGGAGCAUGCUCUAUUAUCAACAGGUUUACUCGUCUGGCUGGGGAGCUGUUUGGCCUCCUCAUUGCAGUGCUUUUCUUGCAACAGGCCAUCAAAGGACUUGUGGAUGAGUUCCGUGUACCCGAAAGAGAAAGCCCGAAUUUAACAGAGUACCAACCUUGUUGGAGGUUCGCAAAUGGGAUGUUUGCUUUGGUUCUUUCUUUUGGUCUUCUCCUCACUGCACUAAAGAGCAGAACAGCAAGGUCUUGGAGAUAUGGAGCAGGCAGCAUUAGAGGGCUCAUUGCAGAUUAUGGUGUUCCGUUGAUGGUUCUCAUGUGGACAGCUGUCUCUUAUACACCCAGCCACAGCAUUCCAGACGGCGUGCCAAGGCGCCUAUUCAGCCCUAAUCCGUGGUCACCCGGUGCAUAUGACAACUGGACAGUCAUUAAGGACAUGACAAGUGUGCCGGUGGUUUACAUAAUAGGUGCUUUUAUUCCAGCAACAAUGGUGGCAGUGCUGUAUUACUUUGAUCACAGCGUGGCAUCGCAACUAGCUCAGCAAAGUGAAUUCAAUUUGAGGAAGCCAUCUUCUUAUCAUUAUGAUUUGCUUUUAUUGGGUUUCAUGGUCAUGAUUUGUGGUCUCCUUGGAAUCCCCCCAUCUAAUGGUGUCAUUCCACAAUCUCCAAUGCACACUAAGAGUUUGGCUACGCUGAAGCAUCAGUUGAUGCGCAGUCGACUUGUUGCAACGGCAAGGAGAUGCAUGAACGAGAAUGGGAGUUUAGGUCAAGUGUAUGGACGGAUGCAAGAGGCAUAUCAGCACAUGCAAACUCCACUUCAUUACCAACAGCCAUCAGCUAGUAAUAAGGGGCUGAAAGAUCCAAAUGUGCUGCAGCAAAUGACUGGUAGAAAUGCAGUGGGACUUGAUGAGGGCAGAGAGUUUGAUGUAGAGAAGAACAUUGACGACUUACUGCCAGUCGAAGUAAAAGAGCAGAGGGUGAGUAACCUUUUACAGUCAAUGAUGGUGGGUGGGUGUGUGGCUGCCAUGCCACUUCUCAAAAUGAUCCCAACCUCUGUACUUUGGGGCUAUUUUGCAUUCAUGGCAAUCGAAAGCUUGCCAGGCAAUCAAUUCUGGGAGCGGAUCUUACUGCUCUGCACACCCCCAAGCAGAAGAUACAAAGUUCUAGAAGACUAUCACGCGACGUUUGUGGAAUCAGUGCCUUUCAAGACAAUAACAGUUUUCACCAUAUUCCAAGCAGCUUACCUGGUGGCAUGCUUAGGGAUCACAUGGAUCCCCAUCGCCGGGGUGUUGUUCCCCCUAAUGAUCAUGUUGCUUGUCCCCAUAAGACAAUUUGUUUUGCCCAAGUUUUUCAAAAGGGCACAUCUUCAAGAAUUAGACGCUUCGGAUUAUGAAGAAUUUCCAGCUUUACCAUUCACCACGAGUGGUGGCAGCACUAGAUCGGACGAGGAAGGCGAGUGGGUUUCAAGAUCGGGGACGUUUGGGGAUGACAAGACCAUAUCGGCAGCAUUUGGGGCAGCAGACGAGAAGGAGAUUAUGGAUGGAAUGGUGACAAGAAGUCGGGGUGAGCUUCGGCGUUUGUGCAGCAGCAGCUCCAUUAGGGUAGCAGCAGCAAGUAGAAGUUUCAAUGGGAGGGAGUCUGUUAGUAGUGCUAGUCCCAGACUCUCUGAUCAUCAUCAUCAUCAUCAAAUGGUAGUACACAGUCCGAGGAUUGGAAUAGGAGGAGGAGGAGGAGGAGGAAAGGGAGGGACAUUUAGCCCCAGGCGCUCCAAAUUGGGUGGUAAAAACGACCACUGAUUCUCAUACGCCACCUUUCAGUUUUGUCACACAACUGAAACCUCCCAUUCUAAUCUGUCUUGGAUCCAUGAAUAUUAUCUACUCUCUCCCUCCACAAAUAAACUUUCCAUUCAUUA